AUGUCUUCAUUGCAGUUUCUAACAUCCCAUACAGUCAUAUCUGCUCUCACAGACGUUGUCCCAGAAUUCACCCAAUCAGUCUAUCGCACCUUCUGUCUCUUCUCCAUUGUCAAACUCUCAACUUUCCUUAAAUAUAAGUGCUUCUCACUCGACACACACAUUCUAUUGAUAACUCCUCCAUUUGGCUUUGCUUGGCAGUCUCAAGCAUUGUCCCAGCAGAGUCAGGCGCACCUUCCACUAUCUUCUCAGCAACAGAGUCAGGCGCACCUUCCACUAUCCUCUCAGCAGCAGAGUCAGGCGCACCUUCCACUAUCCUCUCAGCAGCAGAUUCAGGCGCACCCUCUGCUAUCUUCUCAGCAGCAGAGUCAGGCGCACCUUCCACUAUCCUCUCAGCAGCAGAUUCAGGCACACCCUCCGCUAUCUUCUCAGCUUCUGCCAUCUUCUCAGGGAUUUUAUCCUUCAUCUUCUUUGAGCCAAAAUCGGGCUGUAUUCCUUCCCACAGCUGCUCCAUACCCAACACAAUGGCCAAUGUCGAAUCAGAUGUCACCUCUUUCUUCUUCUGGCACUUCCCAAACCCCAUAUCCCGCUGCAUCUGCUCCAGCACCACUUUCUCUUACCAGUCAACAUUUAAUAUCGAGUCUUCCAACAUCUAGUCAGGCUUCGAACAUCGACGCACAACCUCUCUCUGGUUUGAAUCCUGGAGAUAACCGCAUAUCUUCAGAAAUUUUACCAUUGCCUCCUCCUGCUCCAUGCAGGCCAUAUGCUAGUAUGCAGCUGUCCAAUGUUACAGAUGGAUAUGGUAGAAUUGCUGGCUCACAGGGACACCCUCGCGUCACUACAGCCCCAGGCUUUUCUGGUUUAACUACCAUACAGCGGACAAAUAACAUGCGACUUGAGCAUGCGAACCAGUCUCUUCCACAAGGCUCAAGGAAAGGAAAGCGACGUGGAAAGGCAGUCUGUCCACCAGGGCUUAGUCGUUGGGAUCAAGGCCCAAGUAUUGAGGAUUGUAUUAGUAUUGCUACAGGAGGAGUAGAAGUGGUGAGCAUUGAUGUUUUAGUUUAUCUACCAAUGCCUCCGAUGACGGAUAUUAAUUUCUACCGACUUCCGAGGCAGUCGAUCUUCUACGAAAUUAACAAAGAUGCCUACCACAUGUUCCUUGAAGUGCUUGGUCUAUUUCAUCAGUACCCAAACCUGCCAACCUCAACCACUGUCUUUGACCUGCUCUCUGACAUCACUACCAAGCUAAGGCAAUGA